CCAAGGGGGCGGGACAAACGGAGAUAGAAAGUCAUGAUGAUGAUGAAGAUGAUGGCUGAGUCUCCCUUAUUAAAAGUCAAAAUAAAUCGAUGGAUUUUGUUGCUGUCGUGUCUGGAUUAUUUCCAAACAGGUGUGGUGCUAGCAGUCAACAUGACCCUCCCCAGCACCCUCAUCAGAGGCAUCAUAGGAAGCGAGGCCCUCCUAUCGGUGCACUAUGCCAGCUUUAGCACCGACAUGCCUAUCAUCAAGUGGCAGCUCCGCAGGGAAAAGUCAGUCACCAUCGUCCAGUCCAUCGGUACGGACAUCGUGGGGACGCUCAGGCCUGAAUAUCGCGAUCGCAUCUUGAUAUUUGAGAACGGAUCUCUGCUCCUGCACAACCUGAGGGUGUCUGAUGAGGGGACAUAUGAUGUGGAGAUCUCCAUCACGGAUGAUACAUUCACGGGGGAAGGAAGCAUCACACUCACGGUGGAUGAGCCAGUGUCCCAACCUUACAUCCUCCUGGAGGCUUCAUCCGUGCUGGAGCGCAGUGAAAACGUCAUCCUCAACUGUUCGCACGAAACAGGAACCAGGACCUCGUACAGGUGGUUAAAAGGCGGCACAGCGCUUGGCAAUGACACCAGGCUUGUGCUGUCACAUGACCACAAGCACCUGACCAUCACUCGAGUCACUAUGGCGGAUGACGAUGUCUACAGCUGCAUCGUGGAAAACCCGGUGGGCUCCUCAACAAGCCUGCCAAUCAGACUGAGUGUCUACAAAAGAAGUUCCAUCUAUAUCAUUCUCUCCACUGGUGGGAUAUUCCUUCUGAUCACCUUGGUAACAGUCUGCGCCUGCUGGACACCAUACAAAAACCCAAGACGCCCAAUGAGAAAGUCUUUCUCCAGACUUUAUAAUCAACGCACGUCGAGGCCGCGCACAGCUGAUGCCUCUCCACAAGAGAUGCAGCACAGUGCAAAGAAUGCGGUGACGUCACUUUUCAUCCUGCAGCAAAAGGAUCUUUCCCCGGGUGACUCUUCCGUCAACAGUAUUGGAUCCACUUCUGAACUUGAUCACCCUCCAAGUUAUACUCACUAUGUUGAUUCUCUUACCAGGGCGAAUGCCCAGUCCAUGCAGAGGUGUAGCUGAAACUCGGACCACCUUCUUCUACACCAAUUGUGCACUAUGCACUAUGCACAUUUAUCUCAUGUGAGAAGACUAAUUUUGGCCCUUUUUUGCAAACGUGUUGUGUAGUUUCAUUAAAACUACACAUGCCACUGUUGCAUUCUUCAGUUCUUUUUUCCAGACAAAAAAAUAAUGCCUAGUUCUUCAAGUUAGUUAUGGUAAAGUAUGAUUUUGCUGUAGUUAGAUAACUUUAAAAUCUAAAGAUCACCAAAAUUUUCUUUUCAAAUAUUAAAUAAAUAUGUAUUUGUAUGAUUUGCUAUCAUUUCAGCCACUGAAUCAGCUAAUUGGGGGGCUUUAACAUACUCAGAAACUUACCAAGCACAAAUGCCAUAAAUACAUGCGUAAUUUAACUAAAG